AUGGUUUUUGAGUCGGACGCUGUAGCGUAUUAUACUUUUCAUAUAAUCUCACUGCCAUUAUCCCUGACCCUUUUCAUACUCUAUAAAAAUCAUAAACAUCAUUCGACGAUAGCAUAUUUUGCACUGACACUUUUCAUUUCUUCAAUAAAUUCAUGUUAUUUAGCAUUUGCAAAUAAUGGGAAUCUUGGGGAUACAGCAAAUACGGUUGCUUGUGCCUUUCAAGCCUUCUUUGUAACAUAUUUAAAUACUUCGAUAGCUUUAUGGCUUGUUUGCAUUGAAUAUAAUGGUAUUUUAAUUUUCACGAGAAGAAGGAGGUCGAGACAAAGACUCCAACAAAAUGAAAUAUUUGGGAAAAAUGACUUGUUGAGCUUCAUGCUUAUGUCUUGGGGAUUACCUCUAUUCUUUACCAUAACCGCUACCAUAUUGGCAAUUAGUAAAAAUGGAAUGGAACCUUGGUUAUAUUAUUGUAUGAUUUCUAAACCCGCGAUUGGUCCUGCCAUUGGAAUUUAUUUUGUGUCAAUGUGCUCUAUUAUAAUCACAAUAAUACUGAUAGCAUGGAAUAUCAAAUUAAUUUAUGAUCGUGAAUCCAAUGUCGAUGAUGAGAUCGAUAUCGAUUUGUCUAGACGGAUUAUUGCUUUUGGAAUCGUAACGUUAUUGCCCAUUUGCCUUGCCACAACUGCACGGUUGCUUAUGAUGCUAAUGAUGAAUUGGGUUGACGAUACGGGAAUGUGGCCUGAUUUUUUACUCGUUAUGAUCCCAUAUUUUACAUUUAUGAUAUACGGUACAAAACCAGAAAUAUUUAGAAAUUUUUCUCAAGAACCAAUUUCCCUCUCAUGUCGCCAAAAAAAUCGUAGCGAUAAUUUAUUAAUAAAUUUUGCAAUUAUAAAUCCGACAUUAAGAAGAGAUUCAAUUGAAGGGAGACAACGAAAUCCUUCAUUAUAUUCAUCAUUUACAAAACCUUCAUCAGAAGAGUCAAUAGCACGUUCUGUAACACCGGGUCCAUCAACAUUCAGUCAAAGAGCAAACUCGAAUGCAACUGAUCCAUUUUCGCAUAGAAAAAACCCUUCAUUAACAAUAAAUGUACCUGGUCAAUAUCGUAAUAACCGUGUUCGUAAAAGAUCUUCUGCUUCAAUACGUAAAUCCUUUUUAGCUCGGGCUCUAUCUGUGAAUAAAAAUUCCGAAGAUUCUAAUAGAAGUUUAACAAGUGAUGUUGAAAGUGGUCAAGUCAACUCUAGGAAUUUACGAAAAGCUAUGAAAUCAUUAAAGAAACCUUCUUUUCGUCGAAAUAUGACACCUCCUUCUACUCAUCAUACGAUUGCUCAAUUUGGAAGAAGUAAUAGAAAUUCUGAUGAUAAUAAUUGGAAUACAGAGAAAUUUUUAAAGAAAUUUUCUUUCGAAAAUCGAAGUAAAACUGAAUCCGUAAUACACAUUCCACAAGAAUUAAUAUUAGAUGAAAGCAAAAAUUAUAUUCAGGAUGAAUUUAAAGCGAAUUCUUCCUCACGAAGUAUUAAGUUAAUAAAUGGGCAUCUAACUGAUAAACUACCUUUGAUAGAAAUCACACGAAAUUCCACUUCAACACCAUCACAUAUUUCAGUCACUUCAGAUACUGAAGGAAUAUUUGAUAAAAGUGAAAAGCAAAGAAGGGACCGAUCAAUGAAAAGAAAACAAAUUUCAUCUAAACUUUCUAGACCACCUCCAUUAUUAUUAAGUGAAAACCAUCAUCAACAAUCUUUAUCACCAAAAUCAACGGAACAAUCUCCAAGCUUUUUCUUUUUAACUUCAAAAUCCAAUAAAUCUACAGAUUCAUCAGGCUCUUCUCAUGGUGGAGGGUUAAGACUUACGCCAAGAAAUAGUAUACCUGUAAAUAUACUAAAUAGAAGAUCAUUACUUGAUGCUUUACCUAGAUCUUCAACAUCCACUAUUAAUGAAGAGAAUUAG